UUUGACAUCUACAUUUUGUAAACAAUAAGAAUAACGUGCAUCAGGAAACUUAAACUUCGUGUCUUACUAUAUUUUAAAUUUUGCCUAACUUAUCAUGAAUUUAUUACCGAAAACACAUGAAGAAUUUGCUACCGUCGAUUAUUGGAAUUCCUUCUUUAAAAAACGUGGUAAAGAAGCUUUCGAAUGGUAUGGUGAAUAUAUGGAACUAUGCGAGCAAAUCCAUAAGUACGUUAGGAGAAAUGAUAAAAUCCUAAUGCUUGGAUGUGGUAAUUCAAAAUUAAGUAUGGACAUGUAUGACUCUGGAUUUAAGGAUAUUACCAACAUUGAUAUAUCGGCGGUGGCAAUCAAGAAAAUGCAGGAAAUAAAUACACGCACAAGAAGUGACAUGAAGUUUUUGCAAAUGGAUGCCACCAAUAUGAGCUUUGACGAUGAACAGUUUUCAGUUGCCCUCGACAAGGGUACAUUAGAUGCUCUCUUUGUGGAUGACACUGACGACGUGAGAAAGACAGUAGAGUCUUACUUUAAAGAAAUCGGACGCGUUUUAAGGACAGGCGGACGAUACGUGUGCAUAUCCUUGCUGCAGGAACAUAUUUUAAAGCACAUAAUUGAGUACUUUCCAAAAAAUUCUUUUAUGCUGCGUAUAGUUCAUUGUCCAGAUGCCGAUAGGGCUAACCAAGAGAAAAAUGCUGAUAAUCCUGAUAAUCUAUCUAUGCCAGUUUUUGCUUUUGUAGCAACAAAAUUCAAAGCAUUGCCGAUGGCGAUUUUAGAAUUUAGCUAUAGUAGUGAUAAAAUACAACGUUUUACCUCCGCCCUAGAGUUACAAAACUCGGUUACGUCUUUGCAAACGGCUGCGGUCGUUUGCAACGGUUUGAGUCGUACUGAUGUUGUUGGCCACAAUGAUGUCAGCAUGGAUUUAUGUAAGCCGGGAGAUGAUAAACCACGUUACACGGUGCACAUUGUAGAUCAACCACCAGCAAGGGGUUUGGGAAAAUAUGCGGCAUUUAUAGUCCCUCAAGGGAGGGAUGUUGAGUGGUUAUUUAGCACAGCAAAUGGUCGCAAAAAACUUUUGGAGCAAUCAAAGUUUCAACGCAUGGCUGUGGUGACUUUGCAUCGCAAUCAAAAUUAUCUCUCGAUGGAAGAAGUUAAAGCAGAAUUGGCCGAGAGCAUAAAAAACUUUGCACCUGUGGGCUUAAAGGAACAGAUUCCAUUCUUAUCGAUUGGUGCUGACAUGGGUAAACGAGAAACACUUUUUAAUGGAAAAUCUGAAAUAUCGGGAGAUUUUCUGGUCGAGGAAAUUGAGGGAUCCGGUGGCAAAAAUUUCAGACGUCUAAUAUUCAUGAGCAAUCAGGGUGUGGUGCAAUCCGAAGCAUUAAUUAAAACAGUGAAAGUCAAAGGAAAGGUGGAGAAAAGAGUUGACUUUGGCUACUUAGCUUGUCAGCAUCAUGCAUAUAUGUCUGUAGGCGUUCAACUAGCUACAGCAGGCUUUCAACAAAAAGAACAGCCUGAAAACAAUAGUAUUUUGGUCAUAGGUUUGGGUGGGGGUGGUCUCUGCAUGUUUCUUCAUGAAGCCAUACCAGAAAUAAAUAUUGUUGCAGUUGAUAUUGAUCCAGCUAUGGCAGAAAUUGCUGAAAAAUAUUUUGGUCUUCAGCAGAAUGAACGUAUGCAUGUAGUUAUUGAAGAUGGUUUGGAGUAUUUGAGCAAUUGUAAAAAACAAGGUCGCCGUUUUACUGCUGUUCUCUUUGAUGUUGACAGUAAAGACCUGUCGUUGGGCAUGAGUUGUCCACCUCCUGCUUUUAUGUCAUCUGUUGUGCUUGCGGAUGUUAAAUCUAUCAUAGGAGACAACGGACUCUUCAUUUUAAAUUUAGUUUGCCGCAAUGACAAUCUAAGAGAAAAAACUUUGAAUGAUUUAAAACCUGUGUUUCCAGCUCUGUGUUCAUUUAAAUUGAACGAAGAUCUUAAUGAGAUUAUUUAUUGUACAAAUAAUGAUAAAUUCAAUCAAUUGCCUGCUUGGAAAAAGUCUUUUAGGGGCUCAGUUCAAAAACUGAAUUCUGCAGCUAAAUCGAAAAAAUUGUGCAAAGACGAUGUAUUAGAUGUAACGGAUUUUUUAAAUGAAUUGAGUAUAUGAGUGACUGUACUGCAAAUAUUUUUUAAGUUGAAUAAAUAAUUUUUUGUACUAAGUAAAUGAAAAGAAGACCAU